AGUGUCGCACGCCUGUAAUCUCCGAACUCUGAGAGGCAGAAGAAGGCAGAUUUCUGUAAAUUCAAGGCCAGCCUAGUCUACAAAGUGAGUCCAGGACAGCCAAGGCCACGCAGAGAAACCCCGUCUCAAAACAAAAACCCUCACACGCUGUGUAAGGGGAGGAUCUUCGCUCCAAGGGAAGGGACUACAACUCCCAAAGAGCUCCGCGGCCUUGCCGCCGCCGAGACCAAGAUGGCCGGGAGAAUCUUGACCUUCCUCAAGAAUGCCUGGGCGAAGGAGCCGGUGCUGGUGGUGUCCUUCUCUGUCUGGGGCCUCGCUAUAACUAUGCCCAUGAUCAGCCCCUACACCAAGUAUGCAGGCAUGAUCAACAGGGCCAUACCCUACAACUACCCAGUACCUGUGCGAGAUGAUGGGAACAAGCCUGAUGUGCCCAGCCACCCCCAGGAACCUCAGGGCCCAAGCCUGGAAUGGCUGAAGAACCUGUGAAUACUCCUGCUGAUGGCAGAGGCCCCUUCCCUGUUGCCCUCCAAUAAAAAUGUGAAAACCAA